GAUGUUCCCCGAAUGACUCUUUAGAUACAUACUAUUAUAACCCGACACUCUCCACAUUCUCUUAGUUUUUUGUUAAUCAAUGUAUAGCAUCUUCAAAUGUGCUAGAACUCGCACUUUCCUUUCACAACCUACAUACACCAUUACUAGAGCAAUUAGAUCACCAAUUACUACUUUCUCCACACCUACCCCUAUCAACUCUCAUUUCACCACCAACAAGAUGGGGGAUUCGCGACCUGUCUUCUUCUUUGAUAUUGAUAAUUGUCUAUAUUCCAAGAGUAAAAAGGUUCAUGACCACAUGACCGAUUUGAUCGAUGUCUAUUUCAUGAAACAUCUCGAGCUUAGUCGAGAAGAUGCCUAUAAGCUCCAUCAAGAAUACUACCAAACCUAUGGACUCGCCAUCGAAGGUCUAGUACGUCACCACAAGAUUGAUGCUCUGGAAUAUAAUCGUCAAGUAGACGAUGCCGUCCCAUUAGAAAGCAUUCUUUCAGUUGAUUCAAAGCUCCGCAAGCUCCUCGAGGACAUUGAUCGGUCCAAAGUCAAGCUCUGGCUAUUCACCAAUGCUUAUGUUACCCAUGGAAAACGUGUUGUCCGUCUACUCGGGGUAGAAGAUUUGUUUGAGGGUAUGACAUACUGUGAUUACGCUCAGGAAAAAAUGGUUUGUAAACCGUACAAAGAAUCGUUCGAAAAGGCCAUGAGCGAAGCUGGAGUAAAGGAGUUUAAAGACUGUUAUUUUGUCGAUGACUCGCUCAUAAAUUGCGAGGCGGCUUAUAAACUUGGUUGGACAGCAGCUCACUUGGUUGAGGAAGGUGUGAAAUCACCUGCUAAGCCAGUAGCAAAUUUCCAAAUCAGCACUUUGGAAGAGCUGAGGACUGUCUACCCACAGUUUUUCACCACUACAUAAAGCAUCGAUGAUGUGACAUGAAGUAUUCAACAUUCCCUAAGGGAAGUAGUUCUCAUUAAUAAAGUGGACAAUAAGAGAGUCCCUCGUUUGUUCUUCCGUAGAAUAGACUAGAUCAAUACAUAAUACAUAGACCUUCUUGAGCUACUUCGAAAUUAUCUCAAUUAUUUUCAUUCUACAUCUUAUAACGCAGUAUUACUAUUGUCUAAAAAGCAAACCGGUUUCCAUCAGCCAGGGUUGCAGUGCCACAGUCCUAUCGGGUGACAAAAUUGUGUGUUUAUACGAAUGUAACGAGCUGAGAACAGUCGACUGUCUAGAUUUGCGACACACCGCUCGAUCGCAGACUUUUCUGUCGUCAGACUCCCAUUCUGACCACUUCCAUAUUCCUAAACGCCUUGUGCUUACCCAAACGCCGAAUUUUGCAGGUAUAAUAUAUUCGAAUGAAGGGCUCAAUAGCGGUCAAUUCACGGUCUCUUCACACUCCUUAUAACUCCAUCCAACCUCGCCAGAACGGCCUCUUUUUCCUUCAAAGCCUCUUUUCUCCUCUCUUCUUCUUCUUUCAAUUCUUGCUCCAAUCUUAGGAUCGUCUGGUGCUGCUUGUUCUCGCUGUCUUCUAGUCCCGGCAGUGCAGAUAUAAGCACCUCAAUUUGCUGCUCCUUGAUGAUGAGAUCCCGGGCUAAUUCUAGCUGGCCUUCUUUGAAUUUGUCCGCAGGUAAUGGCUCUAAGCCGUCUUCAUUUGGCAAUGCUUCGCCGGACUCGUCCUUCUUGGUAUCUUUUCGGACCAUGUCGGUUGGGCUGAGAAUUUGGUAGUCAUGGUGCUUGUUAAUCCAUACGAGCGAUGCGACGAAUUGAAGAGCGAGCUAAGUAAUGUCAGUCAGUGGUUGAACGUGGAUGCUUUUUAAUAAUAAACUAGACCUCGUCAAUUGCUUCUUGAAGUUGUGUCAAUCGAUCAGCCAUGACUUGUUGCUGAUAGAGAAAGGCAAAUCAGUGUUGUAAACCGAUGCUCCAGAGCUUACACGAAUUGAUGUCAGCCUUGCAGAUAAUCCUAUGCGGGGAGAUGUCCGUAAAGGGUUUAGCUGACUAAAGAUCAU